AUGAAGGAUGGGCUAAGAGGUCGGAGAUCCGAGUCGGGGUCGGGGUCGGGGUCGGAGAACGUCUGCAGGAGACGCAAGACAAGAUGCGAUCGUAAAAGCCCAUGCAGCAACUGCGUGCGAUCCAGGAGGAAGGAGGCCUGUGUCUACGACGAGGAACCACAGCAGGGACGACCUCGAACACGCUCGAUUCAGCCAGGAGGACAUCGUCACAAUCCAGCGCAAUCUCUCCAAACACCACUGGCAGAUAGUGAUAUUUCUGCGCCUUUGCCGCCCUCUGCCGCGCCAACAUGUCCAGACUCUUCUUCCGCGAGUAUUGGAGGAGAGCACGCCUCGCCAGGAACCGACACCACCCAGGUCCCUCAUGACAACAUCGACUUGAUGCGAAGCAGGAUCAAACACCUGGAACAGCAGCUGUGCAAGGCAACACCAAGGCCCGUGCAUGCCGGGGCGGUCGUGACUCCUGCCUCCGAUGUCGAAACGCAUGCAACGUCAUCCACAUUCGCAUCGAAAUUCGCAGGCACAUUUCAUGUGCACGGCGGCAACCCGGGAAGCGCCUUAUUCGGCCGGGCUGCACUGAUGUCCCGGAGCAUCUCCCACAAGACGCGACUGCUUGGUCAAAGUCAUUGGAUGAAUGGUGCGGUUCCUAUAACCAUGCAAUUUGUCGCGUUACUGGAACCGCAGCUUCGCGAGGGAAAGCCCAAGGUAUUGGACAUUAUGGAUAAGUGCAAGACUCUUGGACGGAUCAUCAAGAGCCAACGGGCGCCAGCAUGGCCCUGUCCUCUGAGCGAAGACCUCCCUCCAAAGCACCUUUGCGAUGCGCUUGUCGACCGGUACCUAGAGACCAUCGAAUCAAUAUACCGGAUCCUUCACGUCCCCUCUUUCAGGAGAGACUACGAGGCUAUCUGGGCCAAGCCCGACACCCACCCCGAGAAUCAUUUCCUCGUCCAGCUCAAGCUCGUCCUCGCCAUCGGCGCCGUCACAUAUGACCCGAAUUUCUCCUUGCGCACCCAGGCAACCAGAUGGGUGUACGAGGCCCAAACAUACCUCGCCGAGCCGGUAUUUAAGAGCCGCCUCCGGAUCUUCAUAGUCCAGACGCGGAUCCUCCACCUGCUCGCCAUGGAGCUCGUUGACGUCGCCGGCGACAGCAUAUGGAUCUCGGCGGGCGGGCUGAUCCGUGGAGCGAUCACGAUGGGUCUCCACCGCGACCCGCGCCAUCUUCCGGAGAUGACACCACUGGCGGCGGAGAUGAGGAGGCGGCUCUGGAACACCAUCCUGGAGGUUACCCUGCAGGCGAGCUUGUCUAAAGGUGGACCGCCGCUGCUGUCGACGGCCGACUUCGACGCGGAGGCGCCUGGAAACUUCGAGGACGAGGCGCUCACAUCCGGACCUGGCCAUUUACCAGAGGAUCACAACGACCCGACCAUCAUGUCGAUUCCGAGAGCACUGCGGAUGACAUACCCCGUGAGACUGAAAGUCACAAAAUUCCUGAACGACCACAACCCUGCCGGUGGCACAUACGAGGAAACCAUCCAGCUGGACACGGAGGUAAGAGAAGCACUGAAGUCCCUCCGCAGAAGCCUCCAUCCUCUCCGAAACAGGCCCGCAGCAAGGUUCGCAGCCCACGCGGCCGAGCUCAUCAUGGAACGGUACCUCGCCUCGCUGCACAUGCCCUACUACGCCGCAUCCAUCUACUUCCCGGCAUACGCAUACUCACGCCAGGUCAUCCUCGACGUCCUCCUCAAGAUCUGGUGUGCCGUCUGGCCAUCCUCGUCCAUAGCCAGCCCCGCAUCCCCAGCCCCAGCCCAAACCCAGACCACAUACUCAACCCCGUCAACAGCAGCAGCAGCAGCAGCAGGCUCAUCCCCAGCCUCCAGCGAGGAGCUCCUCGCGCGCCUGAUAACCAGCGGCUCGGGCUUCUUCCGCACCUGCGCCGUCCAGGUGUCCUUCACCAUCCCGAUGGAGCUGCACGCGCAGCUGCAGGACGACGAGGGCCUGCCGGCGGGGCCCGGCGCCCGCGCGCACAUGCGGCGCGACCUGGCGGCCGUCACCAGCGAGGUCAAGGCCUGGUCCUGGCGGUGCCUGGAGGCGGGCGAGUCGAGCGUCAAGGGCUACCUGAUGGCGUCGCUGCUGGUGGCGCAGACCGAGGCGCUGCAGCGGCUGGGGCCCGCCGCGGGCGCGGGCGCGGGCGCGGGCGCGGACUCGGCGGGCUCGGCGGAGCUCGCCCGGUUCCUGAUCAGGGAGGGCCAGAAGGAUGCCGAGAAGGCCGUCCUGCUGCUCGAGGCCAUGGUGGCGGCCACCAAGCAGCACGGCGGGGCGGCGCCGAUCGUGGACGAGUUUGGCCCGUCGCCGGGGCUGACGGAGGAUUGGGACUUCACGGUGAUGGUAUCAUAUGCGCGAAUCUAUCAUCAUUAA